AUGCUCACACGACUCCCCCCCGCCGCGCUUCUCCUCCUCCGCGCCUCCUCCUCCUCCUCGCCGCGCCUCGCCCUUGCCACCUUCGCCGCGCGCCGCCACGCCUCCUCCACCAACUUUGGCACCGCCCCCGCGCCUCCCAAGCUGCCCGCCAAAGAGCAGGCCGAGUUUGAGCGGCUGCAGCGCGCCGCCGCCGUGUCGUCCGCCUUCCAGCCCGAUGCUGCGCCCCCAGCCGAGACGAGUAGAUCCGUCGCUGCGGCGGACGCCGAGCUCGACACCCGUGGCGGCUUGUACCGUGGCGCCCGGCCCGAGUUUGACGGCGACAGGAACCCGCGCACCGGCGAGGUCGGCGGGCCCAAGAACGAGCCGCUGCGCUGGGGCAGCGCCGGCGACUGGAGCUACAACGGCAAGGUGACGGAUUUCUAG